UACUAUACAAUGGCUGUAAUUGGACCAGCGGUUGGUUACUUGAUUGGAGGACAAUUCCUCAAACUUUAUGUAGAUAUUGGUGUUGAUCCAUCUGAGUUGGGUCUAACAGCGUCCAGCAGUGUUUGGGUUGGUGCUUGGUGGAUUGGAUUCAUAUUUACAGCAAUAAUUGGUGCGCUUAUAGCAAUACCUCUCACAGCAUUUCCGAAAACCCUUCCAGGUAAAACAGCUGGGAAAUAUGUUACUUAUUUUU